UCUAACCAGCUCGCAACCAGUGCGCAAGCGCCGCAAGUUCCGCCAGCAGACGCGAAGUGCGAAGUGCCGGCGCCAAGAUUAACCAUCGAAAUUAAGCCAUUUGGCUUGGCUAACGCGAGAAGAGCCGCCAAGCGGAGCAAAGAGUUGUGAAAAUUGAUUUCCCAGCGAGCCCAAAAACGCUAAUAUGCUUCAACUAUGCACCAUCUAUGCCUGUGCCAACGGCACACUUGGCUUGAACUUGAGUCGUGCCCCCUGGGACCCGUACCCGUGGGUCAGCGGGGUGCAGGACAAGUCAAGUGCGGAGCGAGGAGGUGUUCGAUUGGGUGAUACGCUCCUGGAACUGAAUGGAGCCGAUGUUCUGGGUCUGAGGAUCAGCGAGCUGGCCAGCCGGCUUCAGGAGCACUGGCAGAGCGGGGCGGAGCACGUGACAAUGACAAUGUGGCGACAACAGGCGACCAAUUCCCUAAACGAGGAUUCAGCGGAGGCAGCACAUGCUGUGCAGCAUGGAAUUAAUCAACAAUCGCUACAAAAGUUUGCAACAUGCCUGCAACAUAUUUCCCAAUUACUGGAGUGUCCUGUGUGCCUUGAGGUCAUCAAACCACCUGGUUGGCAGUGCUGCAACGGACACGUGCUCUGCAAUAAUUGUCGCAGUCGUUCAGUAAAGUGUCCCGUUUGCCGGGUUCCUUUGGGACCGCGAGGUCGCUGUCUACUCUCAGAUAAAUUAUUCACCCUGCUGGCCGAGAGCUUUCCCUGCGAUGGCGGGAAAACCAACAAGGUGACCACAUCCCAGGGCCAUGGCAAACUGAGCAGCGUCAACAAGUGCACAAAUGAAUAUCAUAAUCAACCAAAAAUGGCGCUGGACAAGUCAAAUUCGGGCCAAAAGAAAUGCGGCAAGCAAAUCUCCAGGCAACAGCAAUUGCAAUUGCAGGGAAAUGGCCAAACCGCUCGAAUUCCAGGUGCUGUCACCGAAAAUGGCAACAACCAGAGCGAAAGGAGGAAAGGUCAGAAGGCGGCACUGUUGAUAAAAGUGCAGCACCAGUACCAGGAGACCUCACGAGAUGAGCUGGAGGCGGAGGAAGAGGAAGAGGAGUCGCUGGAAGAGAGCAACAAUAUGCUCGUUAAACCAAAGUUAAAGUUGAGCAAGAAAAGUUGGCGGAUUACAGGGCAAGAUCAAGACGGAUUGCGCUGCAAUGAAGUUGCCACCAUAAAUAAUGGACACCAGACGACGACGACGAUGUCUGUGGGUGAGCAGGUGAACCAAAACCAGUACCAGGAGCUGCGCGACUUCGGGUCUCAAAAUUAUCAUUGCCCUACUGGGAAAUCAUGCAGCUACCAGCAGAAACUGGCCAACAAAUUGUCAACAGUCGGGCAGAAGGCCACCACCGCAGAAGCAGUAGCAGCAGCAGCUCGGGGUGCCAAAAGUGCAGAUGGCGCUUUAUCAGCAGGGAGCCAUAAACAGGCGCCGGCAUCCGGCGUAAAUCAGGAUGCAGCGGAUGGUGUGGAUGCUGCGGAUGCCGCGGGGUCGGGCGUGUCAUCAAUAAACUGGCAGCACAGGGAGUGGCAGCUACUGAGCCAUCUCAGUGCCGAGCACCGCCUGGCGGUGGUCCACUUCUAUGGCACGUUCGGUCAGCGGCUGAACGUGCAACCUCAACAAAUGGGCGUGGCAUGCCUCAGGCUGAGCGAGGAGCCACUUUCCAAGGACCUCGUGGAAGUGCACGCAUUUUUCUUGGCUGUCAUAGAGAUCGGCGGUGAUGAGGUGGCGCUCUUUCUGUGGCACCUGGACAGGCCAGGUCAGAACCAGAAGCCACUUUUCGAGACUGUCAUCGAGACAGAAUGCGGAGGCGUCAAGUGGUUCGGACCCGUACAGUCGCUCCGGCGCAGUUGGCCGGAAAUAAAGGAAUCCGGCGAGUUCCUCAGGUGGCGAAAUGUGGGUCUAAGCCUUAGCACUGCCUUGAAUGUGACAGUAAAGAGUAGAUUGCCACUUUCUUAAUUAUGACUAAUUAUUUUUUAUUAAAAAUAACGCGAAUGAUUAA